UAAAAACACACCCAUAGAGACACAUACAGUAUAUUACUUGACAUGCCAGAUAUAUAAUACGAGUAUACACUUGUUGAGAGGUCCCUCUUUUUCUUGCUACUAUCAUUUUUUUCUCUUUGCAAAAUGACUCAAAUUAGUCGAAAAAUGUGGGGAUUUCAACUAAAGAGAACGAUCAUAUGGCGUGUAGCUUUUCUUAGGCGAUGUGCUAGAUCUUUGUGGCACCAAAUUCUUGGUUGUUGGAUUGGGAAAUCUAUCCGAUACCGGCAAUUGUUACAAUCAGGUUCGGGUCAUUUGAUUCCAACCACGUCUCAUCGUCGUAGUCCUCGAGCCGAGGGGACAACGAAGAUGAAUGACAAGUUUCCGUCAGGAGAAAUGACGGAAUCUUCUGGUGAAAUAACAUAUUCUAGUGGCUCUGAUCAUGAUCAAGAUGUUUCUGAUUUGGUGGCUUUGAAGAUUACUUUGUUAGGUGAUCACCAUAUUGGCAAAACAAGCUUCUUGGCAAAGUAUGUUGGAAAAGAAAAGAAUCAAGAAGAAAAACAAGCAACCAAAGGAAUGAAUCAUAUGGAUAAAACAUUGUGUGUUAGAGGAGCCAGGAUUUCCUACAGCUUAUGGGAAGUGGGUGGUGAUGAAUUUUGUCCAGAUGGCGAUUCGAGUGCUUCAAUUCCUACAGCUUGUAAAGACUCUGUGGCUAUGUUAUUCAUGUUUGAUCUAACGAGUCGUCGUACACUAAAUAAUGUAAUCAAUUGGCAUCAACAAGCUAGGAAUCAUAAUCAGACGGCGAUUCCUGUCAUGGUUGGUAGUAAGUUCGACGAAUUUGUACAACUUCCGUUAGAUUUACAAUGGGAGAUCGCAAGUCAGGCAAGGGCCUAUGCCAAAGCUAUAAACGCGACAUUGUUCUUCUCAAGUGCUUCUUACAACAUAAACGUAAAUAAAAUAUUUAAGUUUGUAACUGCAAAGCUUUUCGACUUGCCAUGGACUCUAGAACGUAACCUGACAGUCGGCGAGCCUAUUAUUGAUUUCUAGAGUGGACUACUUUUGCAAUGCAUCGAUUCACACCCUCCUCUCCUCAGCCUAUAAUAUAAGUUUGUAUUGUAAAUAUUGUAGAAAGGAAAUAUGCGUCGAUUGGGAGGAAGUGGUCAUAGAAUCAAGCAUCACAUAUAUUCCUUUUUCUUGUUCUAAUUUCUAGUUAUGUGAGAUAUUAUGGGUGUUCGAUAUGCUCAUUUAAUUACUAUCAUUUUUGGAUCGUUUACUUCAUUUGAAUGUAUUUGGUGGAGGUUCGAGGCUUCCCCGUGUUUGUGUAAAUCUCCAAUUAAAAGAGUUAGUUUGAGAUAUGUUUCUUUUUA